AUGGCUGUACCCAAGUCUGAAUAUCUAAGUGAUUCAUGGAGGGAUGGCCUGUUCAGUGCCAACGCGUGCAUCGUCGGGCGCAACGUCGAGAAAACCGAGCGGGUGGCCCGUGAGAUUGCCAGCGUCCGGUCGGGCGCCAAGGUGAUGGGGAUCGGGGCCGUCGACGUGCGUCAGUUCGACAGCCUGAAAAAUGCGGUCGACCGCUGCGUGGCGGAGCUGGGAGGAAUCGACUAUGUCAUUGCCGGGGCUGCAGGGAACUUCCUCGCGUCCAUCGAACAGCUAUCGGUGAAUGCGUUCAAGUCGGUCAUGGAUAUUGAUGUGCUGGGCUCCUACAAUACACUCAAAGCCACGGUUCCGCACCUAGUCACAUCGGGAGGCAAGCACCGGGUGGAUUCGGCAACCAAUACCCCAUCUCCUGCAGGGACCGGUGGAAGAAUCAUCUUCGUCAGCGCCACGCUGCAUUACACGGGAACGCCUUUCCAAAGCCACGUCUCGGUGGCCAAGGCCGCUGUUGACGCCUUGUCCAACAGCGUUGCUAUCGAGUACGGUCCGCUCGGAGUGACGUCUAACAUUAUAGCUCCCGGUCCAAUUGCUGCAACCGAGGGUAUCGAACGUCUUCUCCCCACCGAUAUCAAAGAGAGGUACGUCCGCAUGCAACCGCUCGGUCGACUCGGCUCUGUCCGUGAUAUUGCCGAUGCCACCGUCUACCUCUUCGCCGAUACAGGCAGCUACGUCAACGGUCAAACUCUUGUUGUGGACGGCGCUUCCUGGCGUACCUCUGUGACCGGCUCCAGCUACGGCCACUAUCCCGAUAAUCUCCUGUCAGGCCAGGAGAUCCAGAAUGUGACGGGGAAAAAGAAGGAAAAGGCGAAAUUGUAGCUGAUCGAACUUGAAACCCCGGGAAAUAUCGUGACAAAGGAUUUUCUUAGACAAAGACAGCCAGCACCAACGAGGGUGAUCAUGGAUAUCAACAAAGCAGGACAUUAAUUUAAUGAACAAAGGCUUUCUAUAACUCACCAGUCACCACCCAACUAACGUUCUUUUUCUCUCAAAGACUCCUUUUUUUGUCAGAAGGCGGCAACAUAUUCCUCGAUCACAUCGAGUGGUUCUUUCACAGACCUAGAACAG